GACGUUUUAACAAUAGUUUGUCAUAAUGUUGAUUAACUAUUAAGUCAUCAGACUACCGAAUACCUAUCUAUCAUUUUUACCAACCAAUAUUUUAUACUUGUUUAACGAAAUAACAUAAAAGAGAAAACUAAUUUGUAGACACGAAAUGAUUACGAUACUCGUAUGAUAUAAAUACAGCUACAAGCUACAUAAUUAAGUAUAAUCUAGACAAGCAACCGGUUCAGCUGAUUGACUAUGGGAUGGGUAAUGUGCGUUUCCACUAGUCGUUAUCGAGUUUGUGCGUGCUAGAGAAAGACCGAACAUACUCAGUUGUGUUCGGCUUUGUCCGGUUUUGGCGCUCGGACAACUUCGAGCAUUGACGCGGCCGCCAUAUUGCUAUUUCGUGUUCUCGCUUCUCGCCUGUCAGCCAGUCAGUAUUGGUUUAUUUUACUACCUAUGUGAAGUGUUUUGGUGUCGCUUCCAGUUUUUUCUCAUAACACCCGGUUGUCUUGUGUUCGAAAUGUCUGACGUCGCUGUCGGUUUACAGUCUGAUAUUAAAAAUCCGAGCAAUGAAGAUGUCGAUAGAGACGAGUUUUACCGGAGAUUAUGCGAAGUAUUAACAAAAAAGGCAUCCAAUGCAGCAUUGCUGUCACGUGAAAAAUACUGUUGGCUAAUCGAAAGAAUAAAAUACGCAAAAACAGCUGCGAAGAAAACUCCCGCAGAUUAUCGUCGAUUGAAAAAGUUUGAAAUUAUUGAAACUCCAGACGGCGAAAAGUUGUAUUCAGCCCGUGCUUUGGGCGAUAAAAGGCGGCAAAUGUUUGUACCGAUAGAUGAAGUAUAUGACAUUAUAGCCGAGUAUCACAUCAAGUUGAAUCACGGUGGCCGUAGUCGUAUGAUGGUGGAGUUAAAACGUAAAUAUCGAAAUGUUACUGCUGAGAGUGUUUUAGUAUAUUUGUCAAUGUGUGCGACCUGUAAAAAUAAAACACCCAAAAAAAGAACAAAACCAAGCUUAAAUGCGAGUAUUAGUGAGAAAUUUGAGAAUGUAACAGAAAGUUGUAACGACACUUCGUCUAACGCGAUUUCCGAGUGUUCAGCCUCUAAUCUGGAAAUAGAACCUGAGGAUUUACUACGAGAAUUAAAAUAUUCAACUUAUAAGACACCGGAGCUUUACUCGCGCGGGCAAAUUGAUAUACUCAGCGUUACAAAUGAAUUAUGCGAAGAAUAUAAAUAUUUGAUGGUAUAUAGAAACUUUAUUUCUAAAUUCAUUCACUUGAAGGCCAUGAAAACAUUGAAUGUUGAUGAAGCUGUUGAUGAGUUGUUGACUAUAUUUUUGAUGUUUGGAGCCCCAAAUAUUUUGCAAUCACUAAAUGGAUUGGCUUUAGCAAAACCUAUUUGUAGACGAAUCUCAAAUUUGUGUCCUCAAAUUAAGGUAGUGGCAUCAGAUUCAACAUUUACAAAAUCCGAUUUUGAAGGUAAAUCUAAUGAGGAUAUUUUGAAGAAGUUAAAUGAUUGGUUGGACAAAAAUGAUAGCAGGAAGUGGCAGGAAGGAGUAAAGUUUGUGCAGUAUGAAUUGAACACUACAUUUAAUGAGGUAUUGUGCAGAACGCCCAGUGAGAUGGUCUUUGGCGGGAACCCGAAAGGUGGUUUAGCUAGUUUCAUGUCGAGAAAUGUGUUCGAAGAUUUGAUAACAGAAGAAGAUCUAGUAGCGGCUUUGGACAAUAAAGAUCCUAUAGGUCCAAAACAAUUGAAAUUGCGAGAGUCAAUUGUGUUACCACGAAAUUUUAUUAAGAUUGAACCAGGCGAUGACAGUCAGACUGAGAUGGAAGAGGAAGAUGCAGAUGAUUAACUAUCUGUUACAAAUUAAAAAUUUACCUCAUAA